AUGGAUACGAACCAGAUCCCUCCAAAGCCAUAUCACGAAUUUUCGCCAUUCGGGAAACAUGGCAUGGAAUUUCACUUAUCUCCUAAUGAUUACGACCCUGCGGAAACCGAAGCCCGCCGUGAGAUCAUGCACGCCUACUUCAAUUAUAUGGUUCCUGGUGUACAGCAGCGAGUCUACGAUGAAUUGCGACAGAAAGCCGUCGAUAUGGUUCGCGACAGCAGCAGGAUCGAUUGCAGUGCCUAUAAAACCUCGUUCCUUGAGUACAUGGUUGAUCUGGUCUUCUGGAACAUGUGGUUCAAGAGAUUUGCGUGGCCCGGUCAUACAAUACCCCAGUGGCCAUGGUCUGAAUACUGCCGGCUAACAGGCUCAGGGAGUGACGAUCCAGCUAUGGCUUAUGAAGAGUUGCUCAUGGUCAGGGUCAUGCUUGAGAGAGUUAAUGCCGACUCAGACUCAGACUCAUACACGGUCAGAUCGGGCACCGACAAUACGAGUACUGCCGGCACAGUCUUUUCCGGCACAAGGACUGCCAACACAGUCUCCUCUCGCGCAAGGACUGCCAACACAGUCUCCUCUCGCACAAUAACUGCCGGCACAGUCUCCUCUGGCACAAGGACUGCCGGCACAGUCUUUUCCGGCACAAGGGCUGCCAACACAGUCUCCUCUGGCACAAGGACUGCCGGCACAGUCUUUUCCGGCACAAGGACUGCCGGCACAGUCUCCUCUGGCACAAGGACUGCCGGCACAGUCUUUUCCGGCACAAGGACUGCCAACACAGUCUCUGGCACAAGGACUGUCAACACAGUCACAACGUACCCAACCUCUACUCAGAAUGCCAAUGCUGUGCCAUACAAUACGAGACCUGAGACCUUCAGCUUCACCUUUGCAGCUGAGGGUAAAAACGCCUUUGUCGGAAUUGCCCAGCACAUGGCUGGGCCAAGCCAUUCCAGAAGCGUAGAGUUGAGUAUGCGUUACACCUCGGGAGAAAUUCCUCCUGGUCGGGAUCUAGUCCGACGGAACCCUUCCCGACGGAACCCUUCAAGGAACCUUUCAGGGCCAUGGGUGUUCCCUGACAUCUACAAAAACGAUGACGUUGGCUGGAGGAAUCUGGACUCUGACAUCUACGAAGACGACCUUGACGUUGGCUGGAGGACUCGGGACUAG